GGCCUUCUUCUUCACUUCCUCUGGUUCUUCGAUAUCUUCCACCUCCACUCCUGAUUCAGCCAUCAACGACUUGAAUUUUUCGAGGCAAACUUCGCGCCCCAUGUAAAGUCGAACGACAUCACUGUCCUGCCAGUGCUGGAGCCUCAAAGCUGCCAUAUUCGACUUCUUUUUUUAUUGAUGGCUUUCUUUUCAUCAAGCAAAGUACAACAGUGUGUUCAUGACCUUCCAAGCAACUACUGGAAAUAUAAACAGCUAUGUCGAUGCCAGCAAAGGCUUAGUUAUUUAUGAAUACUUCGAAAACGAAUGGAUUUCAUGCAAGAAAAAAUGGGCAGAGUAUAUUACGCGUAAGCUUAGCCAUUUGGGAUGUACAAGCACGCAAAGAGCUGAAAGCUCUCAUCAUGCUUUGAACAAGGGUGUGACAUUUUACCUUUGGAAGGCGCCUUUAGGAACGUUAAUGAAUUCAUCAAAAAUUUCAAAAGAAAAUAUCGCUAACUGGACAUUUUACUGUAUGAAAAAAUAGAUAUUUAUCCAAAUUCAUAAAUGGAUAUCUAUUUCAUAAAAGCUUAAUACAGAAAUGGUAGAUAUCCUUCGGCGCGAUCUUUAACGACAUCAUCCCACAUACCUACUAUUUUAAGAUGAAUCCUGUCUCCCUAGGUGUGGUCCUUAAACGUUCAAGGUCGAAAAAAAUGUUUUGGGGCAUGGCCCCUAAGAAAAACGAUUCGCAUACUACAUCAAAUUAUAUUUAAUCGUAUUACCUCUCAUUUUUUUUUAAGAAUUCAUGACGCAAUAAAUAUGGCUUAGAAAAUAUU